AUCACCUCGUUGUUGUUUCGUUCACAAAAACCGAACCAGCCAGAUGGUGUUCUUUAAGCAGAAUUAUAAUGAUAUUUUCAUGGAUCAUGUGUCUUGUGAAGGCCUUGAAUCGAGUCCUCGAAUAGGUCCGGAAUACCAGGCGGAAAUUCCUUCCGUGAUUAAGAAAUCAGAGAAGCUCCCACUUCAAAUGAAUCCUGCUGAUUCAAAAGAUUUUCAUGAUAAAUCACGCUCCUAUGCAAUUUGUUUACCCAUGUCAGAAACAUGGAGCGAUGCUGAUACAAAAUGUUUUCUACUUAGUUUGUUUAUUUUUGGGAAGAAUUUUACUCCGAUAAAAAGAUUCAUCGAGAACAAAGGGAUGGGGGAAAUACUUUCAUUUUACUAUGGAAAGUUUUACAAAACUGAUGGAUAUUGUAGAUGGUCGGAGUGCAUGAAGUUAAAGGGGAGAAAAUGUAUGAUUGGGAAGAAACUUUUUACUGGACCAAGACAAGAUGAAUUAUUAUCUCGCUUGAUUCCUCAUGUAUCUGAAGAAUCUCAAGAUUCUUUGUUACAGAUUUCAAAGUCGUUUAUGGAGGGCAGAAUUUCUCUAGAAAAAUACAUAUCUUCUUUGAAGUCUACUGUUGGAAUAAACGUUCUUGUGGAAGCAGUAGGGAUUGGUAACAAGAAGGGAGACCUUACUAGGCUUGGUGUCGAACCUGGGAAGAACAGUCGGACGUUUUCAGCACCAACUUGCAAAUCUUUGUCUUCUCUUGGACCGAGUGAUAUAUUACAAUCUUUGACAGGAGGAUUUCGGCUGAGCAAAACCAAAAAUAAUGAACUCUUCUGGGAAGCUGUUUGGCCGCGCUUACUAGCAAGAGGAUGGCACUCUGAGCAAACAAAGUAUCGAGGAUGUGUUACCUCCGAUGAUUAUCUGGUUUUUCUUAUUCCUGGUGUUCAGAAGUUUUCAAGGAGAAAACUAGUGAAAGGUAACCAUUACUUUGAUUCAGUUAGCGAUGUCUUGAAAAAAGUAGUAGCUGAACCGAAUAUUCUCGUCCUUAAAGAAGAAGAAGCUGCUAAAGUCGGUAGCUGCAAUGAGGAAGAGCUAGAAAAGAGAUCAAAUGGACAUGAUUUAUCUGACGAUCAUCGCCAAUGUUACCUCAAGCCUCGAUCUUCUUCUUACAGUAAAGAUCACAUCAAAUUCAUGGUUACUGAUGCUAGUUUGGUGCAUGACGGAAAGCCAUCUGAUCUAAGGGAAUUGAAAUAUGUGCCUAUUAAUUCAUUGAGUAAAGUUGAUGUAGAUGCUGCUGGUAAAAAAUAUAAAGGGCACAAAUAUAUGAGGAAAGUAAACCAUAGCAAGGAUUUGUCUAAAAACAUAAAACAGAAUUCGACAAAGUUGACAGUUAAACCAGGAUCCUCUCGGUCUUCUAACUUUCGAGACGCUGACCAAAAUUUUUGUGGUUCAGUUAGUCAUCAGCAGAAUGGAAGUUCAACUGCUUCUUCAGCAAACAGAAAUGUGGAAGAGAAUAAUGAAAAAAACAUUCUCAAUGAUAGUUAUCGAUGCAUGAGUGUCUCUUGUGUUAAAAUUGAGAAAUGUGAGUCUUUCAGCAUUAACAUACCGCAGGUUCCUUCGAAUUCUGAAAAUAGAAAAAUGAUGGCAAUGGUGGAAGAAGCCAAGCAGGGGCUAAAGGCAAAAGAUCCACGUCUCGCAUCUGUUACUCAAGAAACAGUUGAGGAGCCUCAUAGAACUCCUUGUGAUGUUGGUUCGUUGGAACAACAGCCUGAUAUAAAUCCGAGGAGACAGAGCAAUAGAAAAAGACCAUUGACAGUUAGAGCAUUGGAAUAUAUAGCAAAUGAAUUCUUGCAUGUGCCAAAGAGGCAAAAAAGGAAAGACAUCCAGACGCAACAAGAUCAUCUCAAUCCUUGCUGCAAGGAUUGUAAAAGAGGCAAAACAAUGCUGCCUCGUCAUUGUUCAGAUCAUGGUACUGCAGUUUUAGCAUAGGAAGAAAAGCAUUUGAAUGGAGGUGGUAAAGGUAGCUACAUAUUUGCAAGUUACUUGGUUAAGUUAAAGAGUAGAGGUCAAUUGUUGUAAUUUUUUAAGCUACCUGCUAUCUGUCAUCAUGGAGUUUCUGACUGUUGUAAACAAAUUGGUUUUGAAUGUAUCGAUGCUCCUCUUGCCUUACUUGCAAAUUGUGUUCUAAAGCUGCCAAAUGAAUAGACAUACUGUACAAAAAAAA